AUCUAACUUUAUAAGGGCUUAAAUGUAGUUUAUCCAAACAGGGAAACCCCUUGCCUGCCCCCGAAGCACGCAAAACAUUGCAUUAAACCCUAAACCGCCAGCUGUAAAGGUUUAAGGAAUCGGUGGAAACUCGGUGAUUCUUGCCAAACACGAUGGCUUCAUUUUUUCGCUGAUUAUUAUCAUUAUUAUUAUUCUUUUAUGUUCUUUUAAUUUUGGAUUGUAAGAUUUGUUUUCGAUUCCAAAUGCGAAGUUACUGCUGGCUAGGACUAUGCCGGCGGCAUUUGCUAUCAUCCACCGCCGUUGAUCGUGGAGAUCGCCUUCGAAAAGUCUCGUCGUUUUCUGAUCGAUUUUUGAACAGUUGCGGCCAUUCUAUUAGCAAACCUCCUGAUUUCGGAACUACAGAAACUCAUUUGAUUAAACGGAGAUACAUUCAUGCCACAGGAAGUUGUAAUGCUAAGGAACGCAGUUUUUACGAAAUUCUUGGUGUUUCUGAAAAUGCUAGCAGAGAAGAUAUCAAAACGGCUUUUCAUUUGCUUGCAAAGAAGUACCAUCCGGAUGCAAAUAAAAAUAGUGCUAGUGCGAAAAGGAAAUUUCAAGAGAUUAGGGAAGCCUACGAGACGCUGCAAGAUUCUGAGAAGAGGGCACAAUAUGAUGCGAUGCGUACUGGAGGUUUGAAUUAUGGUGCUGAUAGUGCUGAGGGAUAUGGUGCUGAUGAUGCAGCGGGAUUUAGACAUGGUGCUGGUAAUGCAGGGGGAUUUAGAUAUGCUUAUCGAACUAAUUUCUCUAAUUCAUUCCAUAAAAUAUUCUCUGAGAUCUUUGAAGAUGAGGCCAAUCAUUUUGCAUCUGAUAUUCAGGUGGACCUAGUUCUCUCCUUUUCUGAAUCUGCUAGAGGAUGCACAAAGCAUGUGACUUUUGAUGCAUAUGUUCCGUGUGAUUCUUGUGAUGGUCAUGGCUAUCCGGCAAAUGCCAAAGCAAGCAUUUGUCCUACUUGCAGAGGUGUAGGGAAAGUUACAAUUCCUCCAUUUACAUCAACUUGCAGCCAUUGUAGAGGAUUGGGCCGGAUAAUUAAGGAACACUGUACGUCAUGUAGAGGAUCAGGGGUUGUUGAAGGCAUUAAGGAUGUUAAAGUUACAAUACCAGAAGGUGUGGGUUCUGGAGAUACAAUCCGUGUGCCAGAAGCUGGUAAUACAGGGGGACGGGGAAGUCGAUCUGGCAACUUAUUCAUUAAUCUUAAGGUUGCUGAUGAUCCUGUCUUUGCUAGAGAAGGUGCAGAUGUUUAUGUUGAUGCUAAUAUUAGUUUUACACAAGCAAUUCUUGGUGGUAAGGUUGAAGUACCAACAUUGUCAGGGAAGACACAAGUAAAUAUACCAAAGGGAGUUCAGCCAGGUCAACUUGUGGUACUAAGAGGCAAAGGUCUAUCAAAGCAUGGUUUUCUUGUAGAUCAUGGAGAUCAAUAUGUGCGGUUUUGCAUUAACUUCCCCAAUGCAAUUAAUAAGCGCCAACAUGCUAUUUUGGAAGAAUUUGCCAAGGAAGAGAUAAAUAAUGAAAAUGACACUUCCAAUGAAGGAAACUGGUGGCAGCAACUUCUUGAACGGGUGACGGAUCCCAGGUUUAUGCUAAAAUUUUCUAUGCUCAUGCUAAUCCUGCUGUUCUUUAACAAAACCAUGAUUUGAAAGCUGACUCACGGUGGCUGCUGGAGAUACGUGCACCAAUUAUGCUGUCAUCUGUUGUGGAGCUUUACUUUUAUCGAUAGAAGAAAUUGAUUAAAAGUUGCUCGUAGAUGACCACGUAAAUUUAUCAUGUGCCUCAUUGACGUUGACUUCUGCUCUCCAUAGUAAUACCGUGAUAGGUUUGUAUGAAGUAGGGAUAAAAAUUCAGAUUACUUGCAAGCAGUGGAACAAAAAACGUGCACUCUUUUUUUCCCCCAUUCGAUGCAAAUGAUGUCGUUGUAGGUGUGGAAGAAUGAACAAAUACUCUAUUUGAUGGGCAGACAUGCUUCAUCAUGGAAGAGAUGGAUACUAUUGGAGCCUCUCUCUCUCCUCCAUGCUGGUGGAUGAAAUGGAGGGAUUGCUUUACCAAUAAUGGGAACACUACCUCACGGAGCUGGGCCUUGCUCAUGACUGCGGUGAUUUAAAUAUGCCAGAAUGAUAUACAUACCUUUUUUUUUUUUUUUUUGAAGUAUUUUGUCUGAAAUUAUACGAGGGUCAUGGUGUAUACAAGAGCAUGAACAUGCUAAUCUGACCUAAGAUUGUCCAUUGUAAUUCAGACAGUUGGAGCCCAGUGAGAAGCUUCCAAUGUAUCUCAGAACGGGGUAUUUGUCCGUCUAAAAGCAUCAUUUCUGCUGCUCUCAGUUCAAGUAUAAUCAACUUGGUAACCUAGUUUCUUCCUCCA